AUGUCUUAUGCCGAUGUUGCCGCCAAGGGUCCCCAGCAGACCCCGGAGGAAGCUGCUGCUCCUUCCGUAGGAGGUGUUUACAAGGAUCCUUCUGAGAGCACCUCUUCUCUGAUCGAUGUCGACUCUCCCAAAGUGACCGUUGUUGACUCCGAUUUCCUGAACCAGGAUGUCAAAACCACCACCCAGGCCGAAAGACUCGAGGAGGAGGCCAAGCGUGCCGCUGAGGAGGCGGAGAAGAAGUCUAAGGCUAGCAAGGAGAAGAGUAGUUUCCGUGCCAACUCCGAUAACCCAGUGUACAUCGGUAAUGCUGUCAUUACCACACUCGUGGCUGCUGGACUUGGAUUCGGUGCCUACCACAAGCAUGCUCAGGGCAAGCUCUCCUGGGAGUUGGUUGGAGUGGUGUCUGGUGCUGUGGGUGCCUUUGGUGUUGCAGACUACUUUGUUAGCAAGAAUCAUCUAUUUUGGGUAGCGACAAAGCUUCCCUCGUUCACUACCGACAUGAAUUCCCUCUUCAACUCUGCUCUCAAGCAGUCAUCGGCGAUCCGUCGGGACCUAGACACAUUCGCCCAAUCACCAGCUACCUCCUCGGCCGCACUUCAAGGCCAAAUUGCGGCGUCACUAUCGUCACUAUCACGCACAGUAGAUGAUUACUCGGGACUCUCAAAGAAGGAAUUAAUCCCUGAGAAGCAAGAGAAGGCCUUUGAGCGAGUCAAGAACUUCCGCGCCGAGCUCGCAGACUACAAAACACUCUUCGACCGGUUGCGCAAGGAAAGAGAAGAUGCUCAAUCUUUCACAAACCGCAAUGAACUCUUAGGCCGGCGGCCGCAUCAUGCUGCCACCCCGGAAAACCCCUACACUCAGUCCAACCUUCCCCAACAAACAUCCGCGUUUGCACCUGCUUCUGGCCUCAGCUUUGGUUCUGGUCCGUCCGACUAUAACCGAGAAAACCAAGCCCUACGCGAACAGUCAUUUUUCUCAAACACGCAUAAUCAACUCGAUGACUUUCUGGACCGUGGCCGCGCUGUCCUUGCUGACCUUGGUCAACAACGUGAGGUUUUGAAAGGUACCCAACGUCGUUUGUAUAGUGUUGCCAACACUCUCGGCAUGAGCGGAGAUACUAUCCGCAUGGUCGAGCGGCGCGCUAAACAGGACAAGUGGAUUUUCUGGGGCGGCGUGGUGUUCUUCCUCUUUCCCUUCUCAUCCAUCCACCGAUCCUACAUAGACAUCAUGUUUGCCGCUCGCCACUCCAUCAAGCUCUUCCAGAAGCGUGCCUUCUCGGCCUCCGCUGCUGACCUCUCUAAGGUCGCCGUUCUCGGUGCCGGCGGUGGUAUUGGCCAGCCUCUGUCUCUGCUGCUCAAGCUCAACCCCCGUGUUACUGAGCUCGCUCUCUACGAUAUCCGUGGUGGACCCGGUGUCGCUGCUGACUUGAGCCACAUCAACACCAACAGCACUGUCUCUGGUUACGAGGCCGGUGCCAGCGGUCUGGCUGACUGCCUCAAGGACGCUGAGAUUAUCCUCAUCCCCGCUGGUGUUCCCCGCAAGCCCGGCAUGACCCGUGAUGACCUCUUCAACACCAAUGCCUCUAUCGUCCGCGACCUUGCCAAGGCCGCUGCCGAUGCUGCCCCCAAGGCCAAGGUCCUUGUUAUCGCCAACCCCGUGAACUCCACCGUUCCCAUCGUUGCCGAGGUCUACAAGUCCAAGAACGUCUACGACCCCAAGCGCCUAUUCGGUGUCACCACCCUGGAUGUUGUCCGCGCCUCUCGCUUCAUCUCCCAGGUCCAGAAGACCGAUCCCGCCGUUGAGAAGGUCCCCGUUGUCGGUGGUCACUCCGGUGUCACCAUCGUCCCCCUCCUCUCCCAGUCCGCUCACCCCUCCAUUGCCGGUGAGGCCCGUGAUGCCCUCGUCAACCGCAUCCAGUUCGGUGGUGAUGAGGUCGUCAAGGCCAAGGACGGUGCUGGCUCCGCCACCCUGUCCAUGGCUAUGGCCGGUGCCCGCUUUGCCGAGUCUCUCCUCAAGGCUGCUCAGGGCGAGAAGGGUGUCAUCGAGCCCACCUUUGUCGAGUCCCCUCUCUACAAGGACCAGGGCGUUGACUUCUUCGCUUCCCGCGUCGAACUCGGCCCCGAUGGUGUCAAGGAGAUUCACCCCGUUGGCAAGAUCUCCGAGUACGAGCAGGGUCUGCUUGACGCUGCCCUUGUUGACUUGAAGAAGAACAUCCAGAAGGGUGUUGACUUCGUUGCUGCCAACCCGUAA